ACAAAUGUAAUAUUUAUUCUGCAUUAGUAUAUAUAAAUAAACAAUGAAUUUUCAUGCUUUAAUAAACAAGAAGAAGUAAACAUGUUCUCUCUGCAAAAUCGUAACACAUUUCUCUUGACAUUUUUAAUAUACGAUGCCGUCGUAUUUCAAAUAAGUCGGGCUACGCUCGAUGAAACGAAAGUGCGUGCCUUACAACUGCAACUGCAACUGCAACAACAACAGCAGCACCAGCAGCAAAACGAGCAACAGCAACAGCAACAGCAACAACAGCAGCACCAACAACAACAACACCGGCAGCAGCAGCAGCAGCAGCAGCAGCAUCAACAAGCAACAUUGAUAACACCAAGCUUAAUGGAAAUAAUGGAUAAUCAAAAUGAUAAUGCCCAACUGACUACUACGACAGUCUCAAGUUCCCCGAUUACAAUUGCUACCGCUUCCUCGGCCGAUAAUAUGCCAGAAUUUUGCUUUUAUGCUGAGCCGCAAUUGUGUUUCAAUUUUCAUAACGAAAACGCUAGCGAUAAUUUAUCACAACAGUGGGCAAUAAAUACGUGCCAUUGCCGUCCACAUCCCAAUGUUACUAACAGUUGGUAUUGCUGCAAUAUUACGCAUAUAUCAAUGAUUACCGCUUGCCGUAACACCAGCAGCAAUUGGUCGAAUUUACAUAUAUACAAUAUGACCAUGAUCGAAGUGGACUUAUCAUUAUCCAUAUUUCAAACAUUGCAUUCGUUAGCGAUAACGGACGGCAAUAUUAGCCGUUUGGUUAAAUCAUUUUCGCGCGUUUCGCAAAUCAAAUGCCUAAACUUUUCGAAUAAUAAUCUCUCCAAUAUAACAAUGAGAGCGCCACCGUUUUUAAAAUUCUUAAAUAUAUCAAAAAAUAAUCUCACACAAAUACCGAAAUUAAAGCAAAAUCAAAACAUUACCUUGGAUGUAAGAGAUAAUAAACGAAUGUUGUGUAAGCCCCUAUUGGAAACGAUAUUUCGAUUUAAAUUUGUCGCUCCCAAUAGCUCGUACUGUUUAUUGGAUAACAAUUUUCAUUGGUUCAAUUCAACUGAUUCCAUUGCGAUUAAUCAGUUAGAGAUGGCUCGACGUUUUCACACCGAAUGCCCGAUCAUACCCGGUAAAGGUAAUUGUAUCUGCGCCCCCGAGCAUAUGAUAAGAACUGGUGAUCCCUCUAAACCGGAAGUGAAAAUAUUUUGUCGCGUCGAUUGCUCUAAUUUGGGUUUAACCGAAUUGCCUUCGAAAUUACCAUUAAACACAUUUUACUUUGAUAUCACCAACAACAAUAUCACAGAUAUCGGUAAACAAUUUCAUAAUAAUCCGACAUAUCAAAGCAUUGCUAAAUUGUUUGCCGACAAUAAUCGAAUAGAAUCGAUGCACGAUCUAGAGGGUACAAAAUUUAUGGAUCAUUUUCAAGAAAUACAUUUACGCAAUAACGCCAUAAGUCGGUUGCCUGAAUAUCUGCUAACCAACGUCUUAAACAGCUAUGUAGGACGCAUUAUAUAUUUGGGAGGUAAUAAAUUAAUUUGCGAUUGUAAUUCGGCGAAAGUGUUAAAGAUUUGGUUGUUACAGCGUAGUCGUGAUAUUCCCGAUUAUAAUGAUAUUCUUUGCCGUAAUAUGCCGCAACGUGUUAUGGAAUUACAAGAAAUCAAAGUAUGUCAAUCGCCACAUGAUUGGACUGCGUAUGUUUAUUAUUUAAUAGCCUGUGAGGUAAUAUUAUUGAUAGCAUUAAUAGCAAAAGUUUCCUAUGACUAUUGGGUUUUUAAAACGGCCGGCUAUCUACCUUGGCCGGCAAGCAAAAUGCCAAAAUUACCCUGUGAUUGGCUAUGUGAGUCAUAAUUGUAUUUUAAGAUAAUCUAACAACUUAAAUGUUGCCCAACGAUAAACAAAAAGUGUCUUCUAAACAAGUGCCUUCUAAACAUAGUUU